AUGUCUAAGAAUUUAUUGCGACCAAAGGAGAUUCUUUGUACCAUAAAGAAUCGCUAUCCUUCAAAUGCAACGACACUUAGAACUAUUUAUAAUGCACGGCAGAGGCAUCGUGUAAUUGAGAAGGCCGGAAGGACACAAAUGCAAUAUUUAUUGGGUAAACUAUUCGACCUCAAGUAUUAUGAGUACCAUAGAUCUUCUAUUGACGACUGUACGUACAAGACUAAUAGAUAUCGGAUGCCGUUGUUUGAAGUUGUUGGGAUUACAUCAACUUGUUUAACAUUUUCAAUUGCAUUUGCCUACAUAGGUGGUGAGCGUAUUUACAAUUACUUGUGGGUACUUCAACGGCUUCGAUCAAUUAUGGAGGAUAAUAGUAUUGAGCUACCAUUAGUGAUAGUGACGGAUAGGGAGUUAUGGCAUAUCAACAAAAAUAUUUUGGCAAAGUGCAAGAAGAUGUUUAGUGACAAAGCCUCAUGGGAAUUGUUUGACAGUAUAUGGAAUACUGUUGUUUUGGCAGAUAAUGAGGAUGAUUAUUUACGUAGAGUGAAUGAUCUCAUGACCACAUUUAAUAGAAAUCCCUCUCCUGUUGAAUAUGUCUUAGAUACUUGGUUAAAUCCUUAUAAGGAGAGGUUUGUUGCUGCAUUCACAAAUAAAUAUAAGCAUCUUGGAACAACAGCAACAAAUAGACGCACAUACGGUAUUCCAUGCUCCCAUGAGCUCGCUCGAUACGUUCGAGAUGAUGUUCCAAUCCCAUUAUCUGCAUUGGACACCCACUGGAGCCGCCUUCAAAUUAUACCACGUGAUCCUCCAUAUGUUUCGCAAGUAAUGAAGGAAGAUCCUUCGAAGUGGUCAUAUUACCAAAGAAAAAUCAGAGAGGUAUUUGAUCCGAACACAACACACUUGACAGAGCCUAGAGAUAAAUUUAAGACACGUGUAAGACUUUCAAAAGCUGAACUAUCUACACACCGAGCUCCUUCUGCAUUUGAACUCGUUGAUAGUACAUGCAUUGACAAAUCUUCGCAAUCAUCGAAGCUGACUUCAACUGAUAAGAAGAUUUUUGUUAGUCGCAAUUCAAAUAUCACAUCAAUGGUCGUUGUGGAGAAGCCGUUAGGAAUAAAUAUAUAUCGUGGUCAAUUCCCCAGUGCGAUAGAUAAAUAUAUCAAUGACAUUGUCGAUGUUGCCGCUGAUGGUAAUUGUGGAUACCGAGCUGUUGCUGGUUUGAUGGGGAUUGAUGUUAAAGACGGCUAG